ACUUCUACGUCCUUAGUAGCCUACCCAAGAUGGCCUCAAGUUCAAGCCUUGAUCAGCAUGAGCAUGCGCAACCUCCAUCCGCCAAUGGCACCGAUAUUAAUGAAGUACUACAAGAUCCAUCUUCCAAUGGAAACGAUAUUGGACUGCAAGAUCCAUUUGUCACUGAUAUCAUUAACAUAUUCAGCAGCAAUCAUGACUUUGAAAUUCCUCCAGUUUGUGUCUUCUAUGUGCCCAAGUUCCUAAGCAACUCCAAGCCAGAAGCUUACUCCCCUAAGGUUAUAGGCUUAGGACCCCUCCAUCAUUCCGAGUCACCACUGCAGAUGCGCCAGGUUGGUGUAGCGAGGAACAUUCAUGAUGAAUUCAGACAUAUUAAGUUCCAAGAACUCAUUCAGGGACUCGUGAAGCUUGGGCCAUACAUCCGUGCUUGUUACCAGAUGUACUUGACUGAUAAGGACGAGAAGAUAGCAUGCACAAUGGCGAUAGACGGUUUAUUUUUGUUUGCGUUGCUUUGUCACUGUAACAGAGGUAAAGUUGCUCUAACCUCUUCGGAUACUUUGCUUCGCUUAUUAACCCAUACAGAUAUGAGCAGAUUCCCCAGGGAUGAGAUCCUAGGGGAUACGAUAAUGCUCCAAAACCAAAUUCCGAUUUUUGUACUGAAACAAAUCUUGCUCAUGGAAUGCUCGGAGUCACUAAUCGUUGAGAAAAAUCUUCCUCGAUUAUUGUUGGGUUAUUGUAAAGCACUCUCUCCAUUCAAAGUGAUGGAGAACUACCCGUAUUCCAUGGCUUUAAAGCGCACGCAUAUGUUGGAUCUUCUGUACCACUUGAUCACGCUCACAGAGCCCGAAUUGGAAAAAUUAAUUGACGAAGAAGGAAGAGAUAAAAAAGAGAGAAAAAAAGCCGACGAUCAAAAAAAGGAGGAAAAAAAGAGUGAUAAUUAUGUAGCAUAUCGUCCACAACUGGGGCCAACCGGAGUCUUGGAUUUUCUCUCAGGUCUACCUCUGCCAAAAGAACUAAAAAAAUCAAUUGAGUUGGUAAAAGGUUUAGUUGGUCUACCGUGGUCUUUGCUACUUUAUCUAUCCUUUAUUGGAAACAAAGCUGGGGUUGGAGAUCAGGAAGAGUACUACUUGAUGCCUACAGCAUCACAGCUGUCUGAUGUUGGAGUGAAAUUCUCCCGGGAUCACAUCAGAGACAUUCGGUUUAAGCGUGAAACAGCCUCGAUUAUGCUCCCGGUCCUUAAAGUGAAUGUAAACUCAGAGGUUACUAUUAGGAACUUAUUGGCAUACGAAGUCAUGAUGUUCAAGGCUGCAGGCUUCCGGUAUUCGGCUUUUAAGGAGUACAUUAAAUUGAUGAGUGCGCUGGUAAAAACUGCCAAGGAUGUGAAGGUACUUAGGGAUCAUAAUAUUCUAGAAUAUACUGGCCGGUACAUGAAGGAUGACGAGGUUGCGAAAAUAUUUAAUGGAAUGACGGAGCCCCUUUCCACGGCAAAGGAACCAGCUUAUUUGGACUGGGACAUGAGAGGCAUUAACGACUACUACAAUGGUUUACAGAAGGUUAAGGUUCGGAAACUCGUAAAGCAGAUUCUCAAGCUUUUUGUGACAAUCCUGCUCUGGUUGUUUGUGGCUCUCUACCUGUUUGGCUCGGUCUACGGCUAUCCGCUUGUCUUCGAGAAGAGCAAAUCUUUUUGUGGGAGUGUUAUCUUGGUGCUGAGCAAAUUACUUUCCUUCUCCAGUACGCGUAUAACCUCAUCUCAGCUGCUUUCAUCAGAUGGAACACAUCCAUGCCCAUCAACUGAUAAUCCAGAGUACACAACCUGGAUCCGGCAAGAUCGACUACUGCUCCUUGCCAUUCAAACAGCUGUCACUGGACCAGCAGCACCAAUUGUGUCACGAUGCAAAAAUGCUGAGGAGGCCUGGCACAAAUUAAAAGCUACCUAUGCCAACAGAUCUAACACACAGAUGGUUGGUCUCAUUGACUCACUCACCAAGGCAGACCACCUUUGACCCUUCCAACUUAGCCAUUCGGCCGGAAGAUGCUGGGAAAUUUAGUUUGAGGAGCAGAUCAAGCAGA